GAAGAAGUAGACAAACACUCCAGUCUGCAACCCCUGCUCAAGAUAGACUGGAAGGAAAUGAUGUAGUUUGGGUCUGUAUUAAAAGCAUUUCACGGUUGUAGAGUCUAUUUUAAAACCACCGAGUCGCAUUUUAUUUGCGAAACUCGUGCAUCAGAUUUUGGAGCAAACAUGGCGGCCACGACGGAAACUGGCGACGGACACCAACGGCUGGCCACCAAUCAAGUGCUGCCUGUCCAAGUCGAUGGCGCGGACAUGUAAUUAGUCUACAUAUCAUCAUAACAUGGCUGAACCCAAGGAGGCGACUCAAACGGAGGUAACAGAGGGCACAGACGGAGAGUCCAUGGAAGCUGUUUCAGAGCCGGGAGCAUCGGUGGAUGUUGGAGACCCGGAGCGUGUUCGCAAAGCUUCUUCGAGUCCCUCUGAGCACAGAGAGAAGGAUUACCCUGUAGCUGCUGAAAAAGAAGUGGAAAGUAAAGAAACUGAACAUAAAGGACCUGAAGAAGAAGAAGAGACAGUUUUGGUCCACGGUGGUGAGCAAGAGAGCACCUCGGAUUCUGAAAAAGAAGAGAGAGUUGAGGUGAAAACCGAGGAGGAGUUUGAAGAGACAACCGAGGAAGAGUUUGAGGUGAAAACCGAAGACGAGUUUGAGGUGAAAACCGAAGACGAGUUUGAGGUGAAAACUGAGGAGGAGUUUGAGUCGAACAAAGAAAAUUUGGCCGUAAAGGACGACCGCUUAGAGGACAGUCCUGCAGGACCUGAUGCCAGUGAGGACACAAUCAUGCACAAUACUUCUGAGGAGGUAGCAAACAUGGACACUAAGGAGUGUGUCGACACACAGCAGCAGCAGCAGGAGGAGGAGGAGGAGGAGGAGGCUGCUUGUGGUAAGUUGAGGGUUUCUACAGCGGACGACCUCGAUGAGAUGAUGGACAUCGGCACGGUGGAUCAGGUGGAGCAGGAAGCUCAGAUGAAUGAGGAGCAGCAGAAUAGUGUGAUGGACAUGGACUGCAGCCGCUCGCCUUCCAUUUUAAACACAGCCUCAGUGACGGAGGACAGUAACUCUGCGGAGGAGGAAGCUGAUGUGAAGCCCAUGGUAUUGCCACCACCUGCGGAGGAGGAACAAGCGAAGGACGUGAAAGUGGCUUUAGACUCGGUGGGGUCCAGCUCAUCUACGUCGUCUGAAGCCACGGCCAGCACAGGAAGGGACAGCUCAUCACCAGCGGCCAUGAUGAACGGGAUGAAAGUAGUUAAGCUGUCAAUUCCAAGAUUAGACACUGUAAGUAAAAGCGUAAAUGCUGCUGCUCGGCCAGUCAAGUCGUCUCCUUCGCCGCCUUUGGUCAAGGUGAAAGAUGAGCCCAUAGACGAAGAGUAUGACCAAGCACUGAUAUCUUCUGCAUUUACAGCGAGCGUGAAAGAUGAGCCCAACACUGCAGAGGAGGACUUGAGGAUUGGAUCGGUCUUCUCUGUGCCCCCAGCCGCCGAAAUGCAGGCGCUACCCGUCAUCAACCCCUCGUCGCCGCACAUGUCCUGUUCCAACUGCAAGAAGGGCCUGUUAAAAGGCCAGACGGCGUUCCAGAGGAAGGGCUCGCCAGCACUCUUCUGCUCCACCACCUGCCUCACCACGUCUCUCCCCGCAGUCAAAGGAGUCACUAGGAUCUGCCACAACUGCCAAAAGUUGAUAAUUCGGCCUCAGGACGUCAUUCUGGCUCCAGAUGCUAAAGGCACCAUGAAGGAAUUCUGCAGCCAGAACUGCCUGACCUCCUCCAACUACAAGAAAAACCUCUCCAGCCACCGGAUAUCUGCUGCCACCAAAACAACACCGCAACCAAUAGCACCACAGUCGCUCUGCAGCAUGUGCGCAAGAUACUGCGUUAGUAAACACGAGGUGAUCCUGAGCGGUUCCGUCCACAAGAUCUGCAGCGACGCCUGCUUUAACCGUUUCCGCACGGUGAACAACCUGUCCAUGGCCGGCUGCGCCAACUGCGGCUCCUUCUGCCACAGCAAGCCGCUCAUGCUGAAGAUGGAAGACUGCAACAAAACUCUGUGCAAUCCAGAGUGUCUGGCUAAGUACAAAGAGAAUACGAAGAUAACCAAGCCUUGUACGAUGUGUCGCACUACCCGGUUGCUGGUAGAAAUGGUUGACAACAAAAACAGUGAUGACUCUGUGAACCUCUUCUGUAGCAGCAGCUGUGUGAUGGCAUUCAAGGUCCAGACUGUCAGUGCAUCAGGUACAGGUGCUCGGUUGAGUUGUGAUAGUUGUGGGAAAUACACAGUCCCAGCCUACCACCUGGCCAUGUCUGAUACCUCCAUCAGGAACUUCUGCACUUUACCUUGUGUCAUGGAUUUUCAGGAAAAGUUCAAAAAGUCCCAGAAACAGGUGAAUGUUUUUACCAAGCUGCCAACCGGCUCCACCCAGACCGUCACUCCCAUCCAAACCCUGCAAGACGCCCGCAAAGGACCGCUGAAACUGAACUGCUCCCAGUGUAACCGCAACAUAGCUUUUAAACCCGAACUCCUCCAGAUCAAGGACAAGUUGGUUUUCUUCUGUGGCGUGGACUGCGCUCACGAGUUCAAGAAAGACAACUUUGUGACGAGCCUGUGUGAAUACUGUAAGAUCGAAAAGAUCACCAGAGACGCCAAGAGGAUUAACAACAGAGACUGCUUCUUCUGCAGCGACGGCUGUAAGCUCCUCUUCAGACACGACCUGACUAAAAACUGGGGGAAACACUGUCACUCCUGCGUCUACUGCCACAGCAUGUCCAAGAAGCUGGUGACGGCCCAGUACGGAGGCUCCACGGAGGACUUCUGCUCCGAGGAGUGCAGGUCCAAAUACACCAUGCUCUUCUGCCACGUUGCAAAGUGCGACACCUGCGGCCACAAAGGGAAACUGAAGCAGAGUCUUCCCAUGCUGGGAGAAGUCAAGCACUUCUGCGAUCUGAGUUGUCUGCUUCACUUCUGCUGUGAGACAGUGGCCACGCAGGGCGAGGUGGUCACAGGUAUAGGGGAGGUCACGCCUGUCAUCGCCAACGUCAUCUCGCUUGCUGGCCCUACGACGAGGAAAUCUAGCGCUUCCAGCAGAGCCGCCCAGCAACAACGCACAAACGCAGGCACGGCCUUUCAAUCAAAGAACUCUGGACAUAUCAGCAUUCAGACGGAUGCAGUGAAAGUCCAUCCUCCGUCCUGCCCAAAGAUCCUGAAGAACAAGGCCGUGCUCUGCAGACCGCUGGUGCAGAACAAAGGGGUCUCCUGUAAAACACAGACCGCCGACGUCGAAUCACAGACAGAUGAGCUCUAUCCUAAAAUCAUGGUCGUUCCUGUGCCAGUGCCGGUGUAUAUCCCUGUACCCAUGAACAUGUACAGCCAGUAUACUCCCAGAGCUCUGGGCCUGCCGUUACCGGUGCCUGUACCCAUGUUCCUUCCUGUGACCAUGGACAGCGCUGAGCGCAUCAUGGAAACCAUCCAGGAGAUCAAGCAAAAGAUCCCGUCGGACCCCUUUGAGGCAGAACUAAUCCUCAUGGCCGAGAUGGUUGCAGAACAGAACGAGAACAAUGACAAAGAUGAGGGACCGAAGGAGAGAGAGAAACGAGAUGCAGCGGCUCCAGAUGACCCCGGCAGUAACUUCAGCGACGACUUGGACACGGACGACUUGGCCAGUUUCCUCAACAACUGGGAGGACGGCUCCUCUGACGCGGGUCUCCGGUCUCCCGGCCGACCGUGCGCUCAGGAAAAGCUCAACACGAUCCUAGACAUUCCCGCAGGUGCGACCAAUGAACCUGACUCCGAACCCCCGCCUCCAGCCCCGCCUCCCAUGGACGUCGAAGCUGACUUCGCUGUUGAAACUCUGGAGAGGAUGGCCCAGUGGAGAGAGCAGUCCUGGCGAUCCCCGAGCCCUCCGCCUGCAGCUUUGCGACGACGACAAGCUCACAGGAAAGCCCGAGAAAAGAAGGGUCGUAAGUCACAGCGGCCGUCUAAGGCAGCCGAAGAGUCGACUCAAAGAAGCGCCUCCAACAAGGCCAUGGCUGUAGACGUCCCAAAACUGAAGAGUCAAUAUGGAGUUGAGGCCUGGAAGCGAUGGAUCCAAUGGAGGCAAACUCAACCCAACCUGGAGAAGCCACGCUUCGGUUCUCGGCCCAUGGAGUUGAAGGAGGAUGUCCUUCGCUGCACCACCGCCGAGCUGAGCUACGGCCUCUGCUGCUUCAUCGCUGAGGUGAAACGACCCAACGGAGAGCCGUACUCCCCCGACAGCCUGUUCUACCUCUGCCUCGGCAUUCAGCAGUACCUGUUUGAGAACGGUCGUGUGGAGAACAUAUUCAUGGAUCGGUUCUACAACAAGUUCUCCACUGAGUUCAAUAAUAUGCUGAGAGAUUUCAAACCCUCAAUCACAGCAAGUGGUUAUAUCCACUCCCGUGUGGAGGAGGAGUUUCUGUGGGACUGUAAACAGCUGGGGGCGUACUCUCCCAUCGUCCUCCUCAACACUCUGCUCUUCUUCUGCUGCAAGUACUUUGGCUUCACCACGGUGGAGCAGCACCGCCAGCUGUCCUUCGCCCACGUUAUGCGCUGCACCAAAACCACCCCGAACAACACCAAGACCACCUUCCUGCGCUUCUACCCGCCAAUAUCCAUAAACGAAGCAGAGACAGAUCCAGAGGUUCCUGUGAAGAAGCGUAAGGAGGAGAGUAAAGAGGAUAUUCUAGAGAUGAUGGAGAACACGGAGAACCCUCUCCGCUGUCCAGUCAGACUCUACGAGUUUUACCUCUCCAAGUGCUCGGAGUCGGUCAAGCAGCGCACCAACCUGUUCUACCUUCACCCCGAGCGCUGCUGCGUCCCCAACAGCCCCCUGUGGUUCUCCUUCACCCCUCUGGACGACAGCACCAUGGAGGGCAUGCUCGUCCGCAUCCUCACCGUCAGAGAACUUCAUCUCGGGAAGACGAAAGCUGAAGGGAUGGAGCAGAAGACAUCCGAGGAUCCACCAUUUAUACCACCCGAAGAGGAGGAAGAUGGGGAUUCAGAGUGAUGAAGUGCAGAAGUGACCUUUUUAUUGGCGUAGCAACUUGUGGUGUAAAUGUUUGUAGAUGAACGGAAAUGCUCAUUUAAACAUGGCCCAAUAAACAGAAAUGGACAGAGUAAUAUGCAGAAGUGCAAAGAAAAGUCCUACAGCAAUCAGACUGUUGACCAACUGCUCAGCAGGACACGUAUCUGUCCUUUUGUGUUUUGUCCGGUGAAUGGUUUUCUCAUGGAUAAUGCUACUUUUUUCCUUCCAUGUUGAUUCCUUCAGUUCUGUGUGUGAAUUGGACUUACUUUAUUAUUUUUUUGUCCUUGCUUAAAAGCGCUACAGUGAAAAACACUGACGAUUUCUGUCGUCAGUGAGUAAACGACCAGCAGACAAACUGAAACCAGCUUUCUGUGGUGUAAAUCCUCAACCGUCAGUGACAGAGCACACGUUUAUUUCCAGAUCUUUUUUUUUUUCUUGCAGUUUUUAUACCCUGAGGAAAGUUAUUCUCAGAAAUUAAGGAAAUACACUUAACUAAAAUUCCUGGAAUUCAAAGGAAAUCACAUUUGAUGAUGUGGAAAUGUGAGUCAUCACUGUUUUCCCUUUAUAGCUACUUGUAUAAAUUAUGUUCCAGAGGCUUCUUCAACUUGCCAUGGUAACUUGUAAAAUAAUUGAAUUUUCACUGAAGAUUUAAUUCAUCAAAUAAUCAGACUUCAGGUCUUGUCACUUGAUUGUGAGAUUACAGAGCGUCACAUGAGUUUUGUCAUUAACGUUGAAAGAAAAAGCUUUUCUAUAAUUCCUUUUGCCUCAUCAAUAGAAAUGGAUAGAGUGUGAGUGUCCAAAUGAUUGGAUUAAAAAUGUCUUUAUGGAUUUAAAUACUUUUAAGAAAAUAGUCACUUUUUAAAAAGACUGACAACUUUAUUGAUAUUUGGGGGGAAAACAACACAAUUUUGUUGAACACUGAAUUGAACAGAAUAAUUUGAGUGUUGUGAUAACUUCAUUUUGGACAUGCUGUUUCAUCCAAGCAUCCUCUGAGACAUUGACUUUUUUGCAUAACCAUGACCCUGGUGUAUAAAAACUAGCCUACAGACCCUUCCUGUAUAUCUUGGUUAUAUUAACUCCCAGUCCUCAGUAUGGCUGCCAAUGUUGAGUAUUUUCUAUUGUAUGUUGUUUUUGAAUAAAAACGUUGUUUUAUGAGAACAGUAACAUGGUUUGAGUUAUUG